CGUAUUUCGGAAUUCUGGAAAAUGUAGCUCCGGCUGCCUAUGCGGAAAUCGUCACUUCCGCCCCAGGUGUGCGAGGCUUGGUCCUGUUCCUUUCAGAAAGGUCUCCAUCAUUUCCUAGACAAAAGGAGGAGAAAAUGACCAAGUUGCAGGAGAUGGUGACGUUCAGGGACGUGGCUGUGGUCUUCAGUGAGGAGGAGCUGAGGCUGCUGGACGCUGCCCAGAGGAAGCUGUACCGAGAGGUGAUGCUGGAGACCUUGAGGAUGCUGCUCUCAGUGGCACAUGAGCCCUUCAAACCGGGUCUGAUAGCCCAGCUGGAGAAUGAAGAGAAGCUUUGGAUGGUGGACGUGGAAGCCCAAGCGGGUGGUCUCUCAGGAAGAAGGAGUGGACAUGCUGGGGAGAACACAGAAGACGUGGAAUUAGACUCCCUUUGUCCCAAGGAGCUCUCCUGUCAGCCCUGGCCACGGGGUGCAGGCAUAUCACCCAGGGGUCGAGAGUUCAUAAAAAGAUGCCAAGGGGGUAACAGUGAACCUCAGAGCCGAGGAGGUCCCUGCCUGGUGUGGGCAGGGGUGCCCGUUCAGAUUUCUGAAGGCGGGAAUUACAUGUUGCCUCCUGUACACAGAGAGUCUGCUUCCAUGAAGAAUCAGGAGUUUCCUUCUCUGAGAUCCCAGCAGUCUUGGUGGGAACCAUAUCUCUGCAGGGCAUAUAAUUGCCAGUGGAAAGGUCAGCAAACGUCCAUAAGAAAUGACUUCUGUAGGUGUGACAGUGUCGGCUGGUCCUCCUACCACAGUGACAAUGAGGGGCCACAGAGCAAAGGGAAAAGCUACAGUUUCCGUGACCACAGAGGAGAGACCGUGGAGGUAUCAUUUCUGAAUCAGGACCUGAUUGAAUUAGGGCCAGGGCCCUGCUCAUGUACCAAGAAUAGAAAAGCCUGGGGCCAUAAUGACAACAGUGACCACAACUUUCACACACAUCAGCAGUGCCGCUCAAGAGGGAAGCCCUGUGCACGAGGUCUGUGUGGAGAGGGCUGUGGUGAUAGUUCAGCUCUUCAUGGUCGUCCAGGUCCAGAGACAGGAGAUGAAGGUGCUGCUGGGAGCCCACCUCUGCAGUCCCCUCCAAGAGCAUGUAUGGAGCAAGCACUGCACAACUGCAGUAAGAAUGGCCACCACGGUUCCCCUCCUAACACUCCUGAGAGUGCCAACCCAGGCAACUCCUCCCAGAAAUGCAGCAUCCCCGAGCAAGCCGGUGCUAGUUGUUUCCUCCACAAUAGUACUUUUAGGGCCCAUCCUAGGGAAGAACCCAAUAAUUAUGAGGAGAAUGGGAAUGUUUUAAAUCAGAGUUUAUCUCUUCAAGUUAAUUGGAAAAUCAGUGCUGAAGAGAAAUUAUGUCAAGGUGUUGAGUGUAGAAAAGAUUUCCCACAUUGCUCAAAUCUGAACGUUCCGCACAGAGUGCAUGUGGUAGAGAGUCUCUGUAACCCCGAUUAUGGCAGCCACUUCAGUCUGCCCCCACAGUCUCAGGACUUCUCAGCAGUGCACCCCAGGGGACAACCACACAAUUGUAUGCGUCGUACCGGCUUCAGUCAGACUUUGUGCCUUCAAGGCCAUCAGAAACUUCACAUUCAAGGAAAGCCUUUUCAUAAAGAGGGCAGAAGUGGCUGUAACUGGAGCUCCACCCCUAAGGAUUAUCAGAAACAGAAGGAGCAUAAAUGUAAUGCCUGUGGGGAGGGUUUCAGUCACAGAUCAGUUCUUAACGUUCAUCAGAGAGUCCACACCGGAGAGAAACCAUACAAGUGUGAGGAGUGUGAAAAGGGCUUCAGCCGAACUGCCUACCUUCAAGCCCACCAGAGAGUUCACACCGGAGAGAAACCAUACAAGUGUAAGGAGUGUGGGAAAGGCUUCAGCCGAAGUGCAUACCUGCAAGGCCACCAGAGAGUUCACACCGGAGAGAAACCACACAAGUGUGAGGAGUGUGGGAAAGGGUUCAGCCGGCGAUCACACCUGCAAGGCCACCAGAGAGUUCACACUGGAGAGAAACCAUACAAGUGCGAGGAGUGUGGGAAGGGCUUUAGCUGGAGCUUUAAUCUUCAAAUCCAUCAGCGGGUUCACACUGGAGAGAAACCCUAUAAAUGUGGAGAGUGUGGCAAAGGCUUCGGUAAAGCCUCAACUCUCCUGGCCCAUGAGCGAGUCCACACAGGGGAGAAACCUUACCAGUGUGAUGAGUGUGGCAAGAACUUUAGUCAGAAAUCCUACCUUCAAAGCCAUCAGAGCGUCCACUCUGGAGAGAGACCAUAUAUAUGUGAGGUGUGUGGGAAGGGCUUCAGUCAGAGAGCAUAUCUACAAGGUCACCAGAGAGUCCACACUCGAGUGAAACCAUAUAAAUGUGAGGUGUGUGGGAAGGGCUUCAGUCAGGGUUCACGCCUCGAGGCACACCGGAGGGUCCACACAGGGGGGAAACCAUAUAAAUGUGAAACAUGCACAAAGGGAUUCAGUGAGAGUUCCCGCCUCCAGGCACAUCAGAGGAUCCAUGCAGAAGGAAGACCCUACACAUGUGACCGGUGCGGUAAGGGCUUCAGUGGCUAUUCCAGUCUCCAGGCCCAUCACCGAGUCCACACUGGGGAGAAGCCAUACAAAUGCGAGGUGUGUGGGAAAGGCUUCAGUCAGAGAUCAAAUCUCCAAGCUCAUCAGCGUGUGCACACAGGAGAGAAACCUUACACGUGUGACGUGUGUGGUAAGGGUUUCCGGUGGAGCUCGGGCCUUCUGAUCCAUCAGAGGGCCCAUAGCAAUGAUAAGUUCUGUAGGAGUGAGGAGUAUGGGACCAGUUAUCCGCUUGAGAACCUAUGCAGAAACGAAGGCCUGUAAAAUGCUGUUCUGUUUUGUUAAUGGAGACAUAACAGAAUGUUUGUACCCACCAUGAACACCGACGGUGGUUGGGAAGGACACAGCAUAGAGCUCUUAUGAAAGGGCUGUACUCAGAGUUUUCGAAACCUCAACAAGUUACGGUGGGGAACCACGAACUUCCCAAGGCCACACACUUCAGUGGGGAUUAACAAAAGAGUGAAAUCCAUGUCCACUAGAACAUAAGUUUGGUGAUAGCAGAGCCUGUCUGCUGCCAAGGCUGCCAGCAUGUGACUGGAGAGAUGGCCCAGUAGUGAUGAGCACUGGCUGCUUUUGAGGACCACAUGGCAGCUAUCUGACACCUUCACGGUGCCCAGAUGUAUGUGCAGUUAAGACACUCAUAUACAGAAAAGUAAGCCAAUAAAAUGGAUCCAUGCUUCUUUAUAACUU